CAGAGAGUGUGGCAGUGGGCGAGGUUUUCUCGAGAUGAUCAGACCGCUGUUGACUGCGGUAGCUCUUUGCUUAUUAAUGGAUGAAGCUGAGCCUCAGGGUUUCACUAUCCUGACAGAAAACAGUCGGAUUAAUGUGGCCGAAGGAGGAAACGCAUUAUUUUCAGUGAAGCCGUCAGGCGCGGUGAGGUCUGGAAACUGGGAUUUCAAGGGGGAAACUCUCGGUCGGUGGAUCAGGACAACUGUUGAUUUCAAUAAUGAAUACAGAACAUGGGCUGAGAUCUUCCUCCCAAACGGAUCACUCCUGCUGAAGUCAGUGACAGUUUCGGACAGUGGAGAUUACACUAUUAGCAUGACUCCAGUAAAUGGCAGUGAAGCAACAGCAACCAUCGCUCUGCACGUCCUUGCUGAGCCCCAGGGUUUCACUAUCCUGACAGAAAACAGUCGGAUUAAUGUGGCCGAAGGAGGAAACGCAUUAUUUUCAGUGAAGCCGUCAGGCGCGGUGAGGUCUGGAAACUGGGAUUUCAAGGGGGAAACUCUCGUUCGGUGGAUCAGGACAACUGUUGAUUUCAAUAAUGAAUACAGAACAUGGGCUGAGAUCUUCCUCCCAAACGGAUCACUCCUGCUGAAGUCAGUGACAGUUUCGGACAGUGGAGAUUACACUAUUAGCAUGACUCCAGUAAAUGGCAGUGAAGCAACAGCAACCAUCGCUCUGCACGUCCUUGCUGAGCCUCAGGGUUUCACUAUCCUGACAGAAAACAGUCGGAUUAAUGUGGCCGAAGGAGGAAACGCAUUAUUUUCAGUGAAGCCGUCAGGCGCGGUGAGGUCUGGAAACUGGGAUUUCAAGGGGGAAACUCUCGUUCGGUGGAUCAGGACAACUGUUGAUUUCAAUAAUGAAUACAGAACAUGGGCUGAGAUCUUCCUCCCAAACGGAUCACUCCUGCUGAAGUCAGUGACAGUUUCGGACAGUGGAGAUUACACUAUUAGCAUGACUCCAGUAAAUGGCAGUGAAGCAACAGCAACCAUCGCUCUGCACGUCCUUGCUGAGCCUCAGGGUUUCACUAUCCUGACAGAAAACAGUCGGAUUAAUGUGGCCGAAGGAGGAAACGCAUUAUUUUCAGUGAAGCCGUCAGGCGCGGUGAGGUCUGGAAACUGGGAUUUCAAGGGGGAAACUCUCGUUCGGUGGAUCAGGACAACUGUUGAUUUCAAUAAUGAAUACAGAACAUGGGCUGAGAUCUUCCUCCCAAACGGAUCACUCCUGCUGAAGUCAGUGACAGUUUCGGACAGUGGAGAUUACACUAUUAGCAUGACUCCAGUAAAUGGCAGUGAAGCAACAGCAACCAUCGCUCUGCACGUCCUUGCUGAGCCCCAGGGUUUCACUAUCCUGACAGAAAACAGUCGGAUUAAUGUGGCCGAAGGAGGAAACGCAUUAUUUUCAGUGAAGCCGUCAGGCGCGGUGAGGUCUGGAAACUGGGAUUUCAAGGGGGAAACUCUCGGUCGGUGGAUCAGGACAACUGUUGAUUUCAGUACUGAGUACAGAACACGGGCUGGGAUCUUCCUCCCAAACGGAUCACUCCUGCUGAAGUCAUUAACAGUUUCGGACAGUGGAGAUUACACUAUUAGCAUGACUCCAGUAAAUGGCAGUGAAUCGACAGCAACCAUCACUCUGCAUGUCCUUGCUGAGUCCCAGGGUUUCACUAUCCUGACAGAAAACAGUCGGAUUAAUGUGGCCGAAGGAGGAAACGCAUUAUUUUCAGUGAAGCCGUCAGGCGCGGUGAGGGCUGGAAACUGGGAUUUCAGAGGGAUAAAUGUCGGUCGGUGGAUCAGGACAACUGUUGAUUUUGUUAAAGAGUACACAGCACGGGCUGAGAUCUUACUCUCUAACGGAUCACUCCUGCUGAAGUCAGUGACACUUUCGGACAGUGGAGAUUACACUAUUAGCAUGACUCCAGUAAAUGGCAGUGAAGCAACAGCAACCAUUGCUCUGCACGUCAUUGAACAGCAUUUCUCCACCAAUGAAUUAGGCAGUGGUCACAAAGCAGGCAUCGUGAUUGCUGUUCUACUUAUUCUGGGAAUGAUCGGCGGGAUAAGCGCGUGGCUGAUCAAAAAGAAAGCAUGCUGGAUGCAAGAAUCAACGCAAGGGCAAAAUGCUACGAACAUUAGUCCAAGAGAAAAUAGCAGCCCUGCUGCAAGAGGGGAGAAUUCAGCAUCGGCCUACGAAAAUAUUCCAAGAAAGCAAAAGGAGCAAGCUACAAAACCACUUGAGGAAGAAUCUACUUAUAUGGGAUUACAAGUGCAGGAUCGGUCAGUUUACAAUGAAUUGAUGAGACGGUAACCUUCUUGCUGACUUCCAGGGCAUUGUUGGCUCACGACUCGCUACAGCAGGAGGGGAACAAAUUUAUGAAGAUGCUGUUACAGUAGACAUCCUCAGUCUCCUUUAUAUAUAUUUUUAAACUUCUACAGCAUGAUGUACCAUUAAAUAUUGUUUCCCAAUCUC